AUGGUUAUUACUGAAAAUACGGAUGAAAUUAUUUCAAAUCGUCACAUGCAAAUAUGGCGAUUUGAAAAGCAAUUUGAUGAGAGAAUAUGGAAGAUGAGAGAUAAAAGAAAUGAGAGCAAAAAAGAGAAAUUAAAUUGGAAAUGGUAUAAAUUACGAUCAAUUCUAUUACUACUAUUAGUAGUUGUUGCGCAUUCGCCAAUACAAUUAGUGACCGCUAAAUUGAGUGGCGCUGAUAAUGGAUAUUGUGAAGCAAAUAGCGCACCAUUAUUGACAACGUCAUAUAUUGUCACACCUGCAUUAGCUGCACUUUUUCGCCGUACCUGUCGAUGUGCACUUGACUGGCGUUCACAUUUUUGCAAACAAAUCGAACGAUACAAAUUAUUGCUUGCUAAUACAGAAAUGCAACGGCAUGGAAAUGAUCAAUUACCGAUUGUUUGCGUUUGCAGGCAGCUUAUAUCAGAAAAUAAUUGUCAACAAUUUAUGACACAAUGCUAUUUUACGCCUGAAAAUCAGCAUGAAAGUUGUACUUGCUGUUUCAAUCAACCAAAUGCAUUUUGCAAUCAAUUACAAUGUAAUAAUGGUGAACCAAUAUUUGAUCGACAUGCAAAUACGACAUGCAUUUGUCAUAAACCAACUUUUUAUCCUUACAGUAUUUGUAAUUAUCAAAGCUCAUUAUUCGUUGAUCAGGGAGAGAUUGUCGUAUCUAAUAAUCAUGAUGAUAUACAGCACUCUAAUUACAUUAAAUAUCCACUACAUGAUUCAUCGAUGCAUAAUGAGGAAUCAUUGAGGCUAUAUGGUAUACAAAUUACACCUACCUUGGCUACUGUCACUAUUUUAGGCUUAUUGGGUGCAGUAGUACUAUUAACUAUGAUGUUACUUGUGAUACGAUCAUACCGUACACAUCGUGAGCAUCGUAAUCGUGCAGCAAAGCGUGAACUAGCGCAAUCGAUAUUACUCGAACAACGUGCCGAAGAAGAAAAAUAUUUACCGUAG